ACUGUUCAUUAUUUUUUUGAAGCAAUAAAUAAACUAAAGCACAACCGAAAUGGCGGAGCAGAAUAGCUGAGAGUGCAGGGGGAUUAUCUGUCUAUUUGUUUCCUCUUGAGACGCCACAUUUCCACUACUUUCUCUCUCCGUUUUGGUUCAGUGAUUUCAUUUCUUCAUCUGGGGAAGUGAGAUAUGAAGGUGAACCACUGAUUUUUUGGGAGCUUCUAAAGUGAAAAACGGAUGGUUGAGACUGAUAUUAAUCUCUCACACAAGAGAGAAGAAAAGGAGGAGUUGGGCUUGUGCAUCAUGUGAUUGGAAAAAAGGGUUGUUGGGGGUUUGGAAAUGAAAUCUUAGAAGAAGAAGAAGAAGAAGAAGAAGAAGAAGCUUUGAGUUGAGUGGUUUUGUAGUUUUCUUUUUGGGAGUUGUUAAGAGAGAAGAUGGAGGCACAAAAUCAGAAAUCUCUGGAAAGAAUUGUUUCACAAAAAGCUUUACAAUUAGGGAGUUCAUUUCCUUGUCAAAUUUGUGUUGUGGGUUUUCUCUGUGGAGUUUGCAUCGCUUCUCUGUUUCUUGGUGCUUUUACUUCACUCGGUAGCCCUUUGGGAUUUGGUUGGAGUUCUUUCUCACCCAAUUCACAGCCUGCUUCGUUAUGUAACUCCACUUCUGAAAAUAUUAACUGUAACUUUAGACCAAAGGAGAUAGAGGAACUGAGGGAUUUUCAGAGAAUUAAGGUAAAUAACGAUGACGAGAAAACGUCCUUACUAUAUUCAGCUUGGAGUUCUUUGAUGACUGAACCAAUCAGCAGUAGAAAUGCAUUUUUGCGGGAUCUUGGAUUGGACAAAGCCACUAUACCAAAUGCACCUCAUUUGGAAAAUUGCAAGUUGAAAGCAGAAACAAAUAAGCGUUUCGAUGAGAGGUUGCAGACCGAUGGAUUCCCUCCUUGGACAAGUUGGAAAGGGAUUUUAGACACGCACCCGACUGCUAUGACUGAGGAAUCAAGCUACCUUCGGCGCCAAGAAAUGUUUGGAGGUUCCUUCCCUCCCUGGGUUUCAGGAUCAGAUGAAGAAAAUUACCCCUUGACUAGAAAAGUGCAGCGGGAUCUAUGGAUCCAUCAGCAUCCAUUGAACUGUAGUGAUUCAAAUGUUCGGUUUCUUGUAGCUGAUUGGGAGCGGUUACCUGGAUUCGGUAUUGGAGCUCAGAUAGCAGGAAUGUGUGGACUUCUUGCUAUAGCGAUCAAUGAGAAGAGGGUUCUUGUUACAAAUUAUUAUAAUCGAGCAGACCAUGAUGGAUGUCAAGGUUCGUCCCGGUCCAGUUGGUCAUGUUAUUUCUUACCCGAAACAUCACAAGAAUGCCGGGACCGUGCAUUUGAACUUUUGGGUAACAAUGAAGCAUGGAAGAGUGGAAUCAUAACAGCAAAGGAAAAUUACAGCACCAAGGAAAUCUGGACUGGUCGAAUUCCUAGGACGUGGGGAAACCCUUGGAGUUAUUUGCAACCUACAACAGAAGUAAAUGGAAGUUUACUUUCUAAACAUCGCAAAAUGGAUAGAAGGUGGUGGAGGGCACAGGCAGUCCGCUACUUAAUGAGAUUUAAGACAGAAUAUACGUGCGGCUUAAUGAAUGCUGCUCGCCAUGCCGCAUUUGGGAAGGAAGCUGCAGAAAUGGCUCUCAAAAGUCUCGAUGGAAAAUGGCCAAAGAAAGAUUCAACAACAUCAAAACACGAUAUAGAAGACUUUGUAUGGUCGAAUCACAAAGCAUGGAUACCUAGGCCACUAUUAAGCAUGCAUGUAAGAAUGGGAGAUAAAGCUUGUGAAAUGAAGGUCGUUGAAUUUGCAGAAUACAUGGCCCUUGCUAAGCGCAUUAGAAGACGGUUUCCAAAUCUUGAUAACAUUUGGCUUUCAACAGAAAUGCAGGAAGUGAUUGAUAAAACCGUAAGUUACCCAUCCUGGAAAUUUUACUACACAAAUGUGAAGCGGCAAGUAGGAAACCUUACGAUGGCCACCUACGAAGCACAGCUUGGUAGAAUAACCAGUACAAACUACCCCCUUGUCAACUUCUUGAUGGCAACUGAAGCUGAUUUUUUCAUUGGAGCAUUGGGUUCAACAUGGUGCUUUCUUAUAGAUGGAAUGAGAAAUACAGGGGGCAAAGUAAUGGCUGGAUACUUGAGCGUAAACAAGGAUCGGUUUUGGUGAAGGAAUAUCAGCUCUUUAGUCAAUAAAUAGACACGUAUGAUAUGUAAAUAGGAAUUCUUUUCCUGUCUCCGUUCUUUUGGCCUUCUUUUGGAAGGUGAAGAGAUAGGGUUGAGAGUAAUGAGAUUUUGUGGUGUAUAUAUCGUACAUGUACAGUGAGGUUGACAAUAAAUAAAACUCUGUUCUACUUCUCUAUUCUCCAAAUCC